AUAUCUCUGAUCAGUUUUGAUGACCACGAACUGAAGUAAAUGGUUUGUUGAUAUCAAGCAGUGGGGACGUUAAUUUUGUAGACAGUAAAUAUGUGGAAGGCUUUGUUGUUUCUAGUUUUAGGUUUAACAGUUUUAAGUCGGUGCCAGUCUACGAGAUUUGUAACUGCAGGAGGCCGAGAACCCGUGUCCAAUGAUGACAAGGAGAUGAAAGCUGCGGCGGCCUGGGCGAGUCAACAGCUAGGGGCCGUUCUCGUCGACGUCAUCUCCGCUCAGAAACAGAUUGUGGCUGGAAUAGUAUACUACAUUGACAUGAUAAUUCUAGAAAGAAGAAAUAGGAGGCUGCUGAGGCCAAAAUGCACGGUUCAAGUGUGGGAACAAAAAUGGCGGGGCUGGAAAAAGCUGGUCAAGGCUAAAUGCACGUGACACCAUGACGGCGAAGAUACUAUACAAAGACUUAAAACAUGUACAUAGAACUUAUAAUGAUUAUAUGUGUUGGAUAUGUUAUGAAAAUAAAAUGGCCGCCGAGCUAA